AGCCGGGAGCGCUGAGCCGGGAGCCUAGAGCCAAGCGCGCCGGGCUGGGGCCGGGCCGGAGCGGAGCGAAGAGGGAGCGCUCCCGCCCCAGCCCCGAGUCCGCCGCCUGCCCGCCCGCCGCCGCCGCCGCCGCCGCCGGCCCAGCGGCCGCCGCCCCAGCCAUGGAGCAAGACCACAGCCCCCGGAAGAUCCAGUUCACCGUCCCGCUGCUAGAGCCGCACCUUGACCCUGAGGCGGCGGAGCAGAUCCGGAGGCGCCGCCCCACCCCUGCCACACUCGUGCUGACCAGUGACCAGUCAUCCCCAGAGGUGGAUGAAGACCGGGUCCCCAACCCGCAUCUCAAGUCCACUUUGUCCAUGUCUCCACGGCAACAGAAGAAGGUGACGAGGACCACACCCACAAUGAAAGAGCUCCAGAUGAUGGUUGAACAUCACCUGGGGCAACAGCAGCAGGGAGAGGAGCCUGAAGGAGCCGCUGAGAGCACAGGGACACAGGAGUCCUGCCCACCUGGGAUCAGAGACACAGCAGCGGAGUCGCGGCUGGGCACCUCUGGGAAAGCACACAAGCCUGCAGAAUCCAUCCCUAACACUCAGGAGAGGGGCAGUGAGAAACCCAGCACAGAGGAACCCUCAACCCGUAGACCACCACUGGAUUCCCAGGGAGCCAGUUCGGUCUGAGAGUGAAGGAGGUAUCUUGGAAUCAAGACUGCAGUUGGGAAUGCACGGACACUGGAUUUAUUUCUUAUUUCUUCACUUUUGGGGAAAAUCUCUUGUUUUUAAAAGUGAUAAAUUUAGUGUUAAGUC